ACACCACUUCGCCGUUUCCUUCUCUCGUUUUUUUCCUAUUUUGUUUUUCCAAAUCUUUCUGAAAGAAAAUGAAAAAAAAAAAAUUUGGUCCAAAUUUAGCAACCUUGGUCUUCCUAUUAUAGAUUCCCACCUUUUGUAUCCAAGGUCAAAAAAGGGUAAAACCCCAACUAGGGGAAGGUGAGAGAAGAUAAAAAGGGGUUCAGGGGUCUGAGCAAAGCUUUUCCUGCGAUUCUUUGUUUGUUUGUUUGUUUGUUUUUUCUUUGAGAAAUUGGGCAUUCGAAUUUGCCGAAAAUCGAAGAUGGGUCGGGGCAAAAUCGAGAUAAAGAGGAUCGAGAACGCGAAUAACAGGCAAGUCACGUUCUCGAAGAGACGUGCUGGGUUGCUGAAGAAGGCUCAUGAACUCGCCGUUCUUUGCGAUGCCGAGGUUGCUGUCAUCGUCUUCUCGAAUUCCGGCAAGCUCUUCGAGUUCGCCAGUUCUGGUAUGAAGAAAAUACUUUCGAGAUACGACAAGUCCCAGAACCCUUUGGAUCCUCCUCUGAUUGAGUGCAAAGCCGAGGACGGUUCUGCAGAGGUUGACCAUCUGAAGGAUGAAAUCUCCACUCUUCGGGAGAAACAAUCACAGCUGCUGGGUAAAGGCUUGAAUGGUUUGAGCUUGAAAGAUCUGCAACGCCUUGAAGAGCAACUCAACGAUGCGUUUUUAUCUGUCCGAGGGAGAAAGGAACAACUAUUGAUGGAACAAGUUGAAGAAUCACGGCUGAAGGAACAACGAGCAGUGCUGGAAAACGAAACCUUGCGUAGACAGGUAGAAGAACUCCAAGGCAUUCUCCCCUCGGCUAACCAUCACUACAUGCCUUCGUCCUACAUCGAGUGCCGCCAUCCCAUAGAAAUCAAAAACUCUCAAAUAAAGCACACCGGCUUGGACGGGUUUGAUUGCAUGGCGCUUAAGGCAGAUUCAGACACCACCUUGCAACUAGGGUUGCCGGGAGAAGCAGAGGAGCGGAAAAGGAAGGAACCGAAGAGAGGGAGCCCUUCCCCUUCGGGCGGCUCGAUGGCUAAAAGCACAGCCAGGACAUGUAUACAGAGGAUUAGUCUAGUUCAGUGAUAUUUACUUCAUGAAGGUGCAAAAUGGAUAGAGAAAGGUGAAAGAGAGGGAGUGGUUGCUUGGGUAGGAAGUAUUCAAUCAAUUUCAGGGAGAGAUGGAGGAGGGUGACAAGAAGAUUCUGUUUGUAUGGUAUCAUUUAUGGAUGAUAUGAGAUUUUAAGGGGAAAAAUCAGCAUCACCAUUCACAUCAUUGUUUUGAAGGGAAUGUUGGGAUUCCAUAUGGUGGGUUGGAUUAAUUUGGAGAGUUACCAGAUUAAUUAUUACAAUUUAAAAAACGGAAAUCUCUGAAAGUUACCGCUGUCAUAAUGAAAGAUUCACGAACACUGUGAUAUACAAAAUUACACUCUUCUGUACACCGAUACAUAUAUAUAUAUAUAUAAGAAAUAUAAACAAGAAACCCUAAUUUUUCAUGUUUUUUGGGUGUGAUUAUGUACACUGCCUGGGAUUUCAGGCCAUUCUUAUUGUACCCAGCAACUGAUUUCUUCCGGCGAGUAUCCUCGAAAAGAUUUCAUCCACAACUUGCCCUAUUUCUUCGGUCCCUCUCUCCAUCUCCUUCACUUUCCUUUUCAAUCUCUCUGCAACUUCAUCCCCCGACAGCAUCCUGUUCCUGUCCGUGAUCUCCGCGUUCAAAUCUCUCACCUCCUCAAUCGCGAAUCUCUCCUCGAAGACAUCAAGAUUCAGAUUUCUCAGCAAAGAUCCCAAGAACCCAGAUGCCAGAUUCUUGAUUUCCGUGUAAGGUUUCGAGUUCAUUACCAGCGCAGACAAAACGACUCCAGCAACCCAGCAUCCGAUGUUCCUCAGCUCAACCAGGGCCUCAUGGAUCACAAUCUCUUUCCCAGACACGAUUCUUCUCGAAUCCGAUCCGGGUCUGGUCCCACUGUUUCUGAAAUUCACAUCUGGGAUCUUCACUUGAAUCGGUUUAAGAGAUUCCAACGAGUUCUUGGACGAGUAGAGAGCGUGAGAGAGUUGGAGCUUUGCUUGACCCAGAUGAGAAAUCGACGAAUUCAUCAGAUUCAGAAGAUCGAGCAUGUUCAAUGUGUAAUUCAGAUACUCCUCGGCUGAAUUCGCCCCCCAUUCGCUCAUCGGAUGCUCUAUCUCCAUCACCAGCUUCGCGAAUGCUCUGUCUGUCACAAUCACAAGCUCCAAACACCGUUUGAUCCACGAGAAAGAUAAGUCUCCCGAUCUGGGUUUGGUCUUCAACAACAUCUCGAUCAAAAAGUUCGAAACUUUCGAUCGAAAAGCAGCGAGAGAAGCCGACAACGACGCAGCAUCUUCAUGAUAUUUGUGGUGGUGAGGGAAAUUCUCCAGCUUGGAACAGAAUUUGUUGAACUUCUCAACCAAAAGCACCAUUAUGAAAGACCACACAAAACAAACUGAAACUUGCUCCCUUCUUGGUAACCCCUGUUUUUCUUGCUCUGUUUUUUUUUGUAGCAGAAACCUG